AGUGCUUGGGGAGGGCCGCGCAGUCGGACCGGCUGCUGAGACGAAAGCUUCACUGGGGCAGUCUCCGCAUAUCAUGGGGAGAUAGACGCUGCUGCCUGUAGCUUUUGAAAAUGGCUGUCUCUCAUUACACCGGGCUUACAGCUGUUGCUGAUGUAAUUAAAGAUCUAGACACUCAGAUAGCAUUGAUUGGCCUUGGUCCUCACAGCUCCAAAAAGAAACAGGAUCUUGAUAAGCUCUAUGAGCUGAAGUCCAAAGCUCGGCAGAUUAUGAACCAGUUUGGCCCCUCAGCUCUAAUCAACCUCUCCAAUUUCUCAUCUAUAAAACCGGAGCCAGCCAGCACCCCUCCACAAGGCUCCAUGGCCAAUAGCACGACGGUGGUAAAGAUACCAGGCGCUCCUGGGACAGGCGGUCGUCUUAGCCCUGAAAACAACCAGGUACUAACCAAGAAGAAAUUACAAGACUUAGUCAGAGAGGUGGAUCCUAAUGAGCAGCUGGAUGAAGAUGUGGAGGAGAUGCUGCUACAGAUCGCCGAUGAUUUCAUUGAGAGUGUAGUGACAGCGGCCUGCCAGCUUGCUCGGCAUCGCAAGUCCAGCACCCUGGAGGUUAAAGAUGUCCAGCUGCAUCUAGAGCGCCAGUGGAACAUGUGGAUCCCAGGAUUUGGCUCCGAAGAAAUCCGACCCUACAAAAAAGCUUGCACCACAGAAGCUCACAAACAGAGAAUGGCAUUGAUCCGGAAAACAACGAAGAAAUAACACAGGGACAGUCAGUGAAUGGACGACACGCAUUUGGAGAUACUUGAGCUGAGACCUCAGCCAUCUCAUCCUUGGAUUUUUUUUUAAAUGCUUUACAGAGAAGCAUAUAUUUUUUAUUAACAGUGCAGCAAUAUCUAUAAUGACUGAGAAGAUCUGCCAAAAGAAUAAAGCCUCCUACCCCAACUUCUGGUUCCUUUUCCCUGCCGUCUCAAAGAGAAGCAGUGUAUCUUCAGGAGAAGACGUGGCCCGGUUUGUCUUAUAAAUGAUUGACUGUAGGCAGAGCGGUAUAUGCAGUCAUGUUAGGUGAGACAGUGUUAGCAAGGUUGUAGCGGGUUUGUCUGCUCCUUCCCCUAGUCCCUGUACUUUGUAAUGUCAGUGUUUAUAUGAAUAUGAACUUGAUUUGCUUUUCCAGAAUAAAGAACUUAUUAAUUGAAGACACGGUGCACAGCUGAGGGCCUCUGAAAUGCCAGUCAGGCCCAGACAGGCUGGAGCGCUGCCGUCAGCAGGUGGCAGCACAGGCUCCGCACCGAUCCGUACAUUUAAGAAAGUUUUUCAGUUUUACUCUGAAGGAACAAACUAGCAGGAGUUGGAAUCCAGUUUCUCUGCCACCAGACAGGAUAAACUAGUCCUGAAAUAAACAAGCAUUCUAGUUCUGGUAAUGUCAAUGUCCCUGGGACUUUUUUCUUUUUUUUGUUUGUUUUUGGUGUUUUGAGGCAAACUCUCAUGUAACCCAGGCUGGCGUCAUCCUUGAUCCCUCCCUCCUGCCUCUACCUCUCAGUGUGCUGAGAUUACGGGUGCAUCCUCACACCCGGCUUUCUAGAGCCCUUUUGGACCGCGGCUGGAACUCCAUGGAAGAUCAUGAAGGAGGAUGUGAAUAGCUUCGGGUACAGUCCUGUUGCUGAGCGUCUGUCAUCAGAGGAAAGCAGGCCCUGCUAGAGCACAGGAUGUUCUCCCCAAGGCAUUGUCCUACCCAUGCCCAGCACAGUCCUGUGGAUUGUGAGGGGUCCAUGGGCUCUGGGGAGGGUGGCUGCCCCUCCACCUAGGGACCGCAGCACAGGCACAGCUUUGUCAUCUUCCUCCUGAGGCUUGGUCUAAGAUGGGACAGUUUGUAGAUCUCUUGGGUGAGCAGCUCAAAACCAUUCAGAUGUCGCUGUUGUUCUUGGCUGAGGUUUCACCUGCAAAAAGACAACCAGCUUCUUCACUGGUCACACGGACACUGAGCUCGGCCUGUGGCCUAGCACCAGGAGGAGGAUGUUGGAGGAUUUGACCUUCCCAGAGCCUGCUGCCACUGGGAGAUGCUCUCAAAGGAUGCUCUGUUAGUGACGACAGACAGCAGAAGGCUCACACUGCGCCCUUACAGGGACACAGCCCUGACUCCAGCAGCCAAGAAGGAAGCUUGAAGGACUCUUGAGACCUGUGUCGAGGAUGGAAAGGGACAAGGCAAUUGGGAGGUACAGUGGACAGAAGUGAGGUACUCACAGAUGUCAGAUCUUGAUCAGCUGUGUGACAGGUAGGUGGCUUCCUCUGUCUCAGUCCUACCGUCCUGUUAGCACACCGAGUGGCUGUACAGGUCCCUGUACGCUGUGUCCGUGCCGCUACUAGGCAAGAGCCGCAAUAGUGAAUUAAAACAACCCAGGUGUGCUGCCAUCAGAGAAAGACAAAUACGACAGAGACUAGAGUCACAUCUGGAAGAAGAAAAGGGAACGGGAAGGUGUAGUCUCGGGUUCCAGCAAUGAGUGGGUUUUGUCCAGAAGUAACAGGAGCCAGUGAAGCAUUUUGUACAGUGAUAGAAUGUGCGAAGGCCCAGGGGUCUAUAGAAGGUGGUGUACCUGGAGCUAGGGAUGUAGUUCAGUGGUAGAGCCCAUGCUUAAUAUAGUAAGGUCCUGGUUUCAAUCCCAGAAAUUAAAAACAUUUAAGGAAAAAAAAAGUGUCAAGAUGGGACUUAACAGGUGCAGGAUUGGAAGAGAGUACAGAGAGAAGAAAGGGAGCAUGGGGUGGACAGUCCUCAGACUCAGUGUGGCUUCAUCCCGGCAUCUCGGGCAUUUGGAGCCUUGCUCCAGUGAGCUGUGUUGGCUGCAGGCCGUUCUUGGCUUCCUGCAACAUUCACUGAUCAGUGUCUUUUCUACCUGUUGAGACUUGGGAAGGACUGCAUUAGACAAGAUGAUAGAACCCACCCUGCCUCUCUGACGCUGUCGCGGUGUGGGAAGGCAUGGGAGGGGCAUUGUGGGACGUCGUCUUCUAGGUAGAGCAUGGCGGCACAUUUGUGUGUGUGUGCGUGUGCGUGCAUUGUGUGUGUGUGCGUAUGUGUGUGCAUGUGUGUGUGCAUGUGUGCGUGCGUGUGUGUGCGUGUGUGUGCGCGUGUGUGCGUGUGCUCACACGUGAACAUACACCUGUGUGUGUGGAAGCCAACUCAGGAAUGUCAUCUCCCCACUUUGAGACUGGGUCUCUCCUUGAACUUACUAGUUAGGCUAGACUGUCUCACCAAUGAGCCCCAGGAAUUCUACUGUCUCCCUCUCCCGAGCACUGGAAUUGCAAGUAUGUACCACCACAUCCAGCAUCUUAUAUAGAUUCUGGGCAUCAAACUCAGGUCCCCAUGCCUUCGAGACAAGCACCUAGCUGUCUCCCCAGCCCUGGUUGCCGUCUUGAUUGUUUAGUUGUGAUUAUCCUGAAGGAAAAGCCAGGUUUAUUGAAUACACCGUGAGGAGCAGCAGGCUGGUGAUAACUAGCUUACUCCCAGCCUUGUUCCAUCCUCUGAGACAGGAUCUCCUGUAGCCCAGGCUGAUGACUAAACUUGUUCCAUCCUCUGAGACAGGAUCUCCUGUAGCCCAGGCUGAUGACUAAACUUGUUACAGGACUAAGGAUCCAACUGCCUCCCUCUCCCAAGUGCUGGGUUGGAGGUGUGCACUGCUAGCCUUGCAGGCUGUCUAUCACCACCUCACUUAGAGCAGCGGUGGCUAUCUGCUAGAGCCUCUCCUAAGAUCAUGUCUGUUACUGUUCCCUCGGAAGGAAGGGGUGAGAAGGGCUAAUGAGCCUUCAUCUAGGACUCCAACCUGCUGCCCGGCAAGCUGCAGUAACCCUGCCCCAGCCACAUGUGGUCUCGGGGCAGCUGGAGAAUACAAAGUGUGCACAGCCAACUUCAGAGGGAACCUCAUCCCUGUCAUCAUGUUGGGGUGAGACUUUUCAGUGAUGCAGCUGUUUGGGGGUCACCCCCAUGCUCCUGUACGUA